UUCCAAUAUAACUUCCCCUCGGUUUCUCUAUAAAUGUCACUAAAUGCUCUAUUACUGAGGAAAUAUAUCCCUUAUUUUCAAAGCCCAAUAUUGAAAAAUAAUUUGACUUGCUACACGAUCUAUGCCAGGUCUCUGGGCUAUGGUGAUUUCAAUGGUUAGAUUGAUUUGUUUAGAUCCAGUGAAAAUGCUGCCUUGACAACGCUACGUCAUGGCUUCGGUGUUCCAAAAAGCCUCUGUCAGAAGUCUGUCACUUUUACAGUCUGUGAUAAAACACUUUGUGUACAUGUUGUACACGUUAUGGAUAUUAGAAAGUUUUUCAAAAGACCACCCAGCUCCGUUCAAGCAACAGCAUGGCCCAGUGAACUGACGGAUGGUGUUGUUUCAGAGAGAGGAGACAGAGAGAGGAGGCUGCAGGUCACAGUAAGACACUCAGUGCAGAGUCUGCAGCACGUAGCUGUGGAACCAUGGAUAGAGCGGAAAUGACCAGAGAAUGGCUCAAUAAGCCUGACACAGAAGAUAAUGCUGAUGUUGAUGGAGGAGAGAGGAGACAGAGAGAGGAGGCUGCAGGUCACAGUAAGACACUCAGUGCAGAGUCUGCAGCACGUAGCUGUGGAACCAUGGAUAGAGCGGAAAUGACCAGAGAAUGGCUCAAUAAGCCUGACACAGAAGAUAAUGCUGAUGUUGAUGGAGGAGAGAGGAGACAGAGAGAGGAGGCUGCAGGUCACAGUAAGACACUCAGUGCAGAGUCUGCAGCACGUAGCUGUGGAACCAUGGAUAGAGCGGAAAUGACCAGAGAAUGGCUCAAUAAGCCUGACACAGAAGAUAAUGCUGAUGUUGAUGGAGGAUCAGAGACACACAGACCCCCAUCUCCAGUGCCCAGCUGUUUGUCUAUGAGGAGUGAAGCGUCCAUUCCUGCUCCUCCCUUAUUCAGCAGUGGACCACCCAAAUCAGAGACACACAGACCCCCAUCUCCAGUGCCCAGCUGUUUGUCUAUGAGGAGUGAAGCGUCCAUUCCUGCUCCUCCCUUAUUCAGCAGUGGACCACCCAAAUCAGAGACACACAGACCCCCAUCUCCAGUGCCCAGCUGUUUGUCUAUGAGGCGUGAAGCGUCCAUUCCUGCUCCUCCCUUCUUCAGCAGUGGACCACCCAAUGAUCAGGAGAAUAUCGCAUGUAAUAAUUGCCAACGGAAUCCUGCAAAAUAUUGUAAGACAUGUAAAGCCUCCUACUGUAUGACUCACCUGAUGGGACACAUCAACACAACAAAAGUACAUGAACUAGUUCCAGUACCAAAAGCGUCACCAGUGGAAGUCAGUUCACUUCAUUGGAGCAGAUCAGGUAUUGCAUGGGUGGUGCCAGUUAUUCUUGGUAUCCUGGUCUCACUGAUAUACAUCAGAUUCAGCCAAUUCUCCCACCCUGAAGGUCCUGCCGGACUUCCUCAGCUGAGAGUGAUGUUGGUGGGGAAGACUGGAUCAGGAAAGAGUGCAUCAGGAAACACCAUCCUGGGCAGAGAGGCAUUUAAGGCUGAAGCAUCUGCUUUACCUGUGACCAAAUACUGUGAGAGUAAAGGUGGAAUUGUGGAAGGAAAUAAAAUAACUGUAAUUGACACACCAGGAAUCACAUCAAGGAAUGAUUCAUGGCUGUCAGAAAAGGAAAAUAUAGCUCUAGGAUCCCAUGUUUUCUUAUUUGUGAUUCAACUGGGUCGAUUCACGGAAGAAGACAGCAAUGAAGUGAAGGGGAUCCAGACUCAUUUUGGUGAAGUGGCUCUGAAGUUCACCAUUGUUUUGUUUACUGGAGGAGACCAGCUGAAAGGGAAAUUAGUUGAGGAUUUUCUGCAGGAGAGCUCUGGACUGCAGACUCUCGUGAACAGUGCUGGUGGUGGAUAUCAUGUCUUUAAUAAUAUAAAUCCAAAAGGGCACCAACAGGUGAAGGAACUGCUGCAGAAGAUAGAGGUGUUACUGAGGAAGAACAUGGGCUUCUCCUACUCCCAUGGCCUGCAUGAACAGAUGAAAAUAACUUUGAAGAAGGAGGAAGAGAAGAGACAAGAAUUCUUAGAAAGGAUAGGAAAGGGAAAACAUCUAGAAUUAAUCAAAAAUAUGGAUAAAAGGUUAGAGCGUAAGUUUAAGGAGCAGAUGAAACGUACAAUGACUAUCAGGUUUGCAAACGCAACAGCUAUUUUGAAUGAAUUAAGGGAGAACAUCAAGGCUACAACAGAGCAGAAUUGGAAUUAUCUGACUACAUUGAUACACGGGUUGGUGAGUGGAAGUACUGCAGUUAUUCUUGUAGUAAUCACAAAAUAUGAAAAUAAGAUUGUUCAUUUUCUGCUUAUAUUGUUUUCGUGUGUGCUUUUUGUGACUGGAAUUGUACAAAAUUAUGUGACAUUCCUGAUUGCCUAUCUGACUGUGCUGAUUGUAGGUGUGGUAACUGCUCAAGUUGAAUUUGCAAUUGACAAAUUAGAGAUUAAAAUAAGAGGCUGGCUAAGAAUUGUGCCCGAAAUGAAAGGAGAAAACUCAGACAGUCUAAAGAGCAAGAGCGACACUUGAAAAAUUUUACAUCCAGAAUAUUGUAAAUUUGCUCACUUUGCCAGAGAUGUACCACAACUGAUGAGACAAAAACCUUUGUUCUAACAUUUCAUAUUAUACUUCUUUUUCCAACAAGUCAAAAUAGACCUAUGGAAUGUACAAAAAAUGUCCCUGAAGCUGUUUGCGCAAAAUUCCUCUCAGAUUGCACAUUAUCAUCAGCUCCAUUCUUGCCAGUUUCAGUCCCUUUCAGAAUAGGCCAUUUCUGGGGACUGUUGCUUUAAAUGCAAAUUUGCUCUUGUUGGCCACGGCCCACUCUAGAACUGAUUCCAUGCUUACAUCAAUGGGCAGCAUGUCGAAAGCCAGGAGGGAAUAUGAGUCGGUGACUCGUCGAUAGAGGAUUCUCCACCAGAAAGCCUUAGACUGCCAGUGAUAGAAAGUGAUAGCAAUUUGUUACGCAGGAAUAAUAAAGAAUGUGUGACCAACGUCAUUGUCGGUUUUGUUUGAGUUUUCAUGGUAAAGUAGCCUAAUAGUCAAGUUAUUGGAGUUUAGCCGAAACAUCUGCUACAAUAGUCAUGGAGGAAUCAAUUCAGACACUGCUGUAUGCAUGAUGUAACAUGGCCUAACAUUGUUAAAUGACAGAUGCAGGGAUAUCCUUUACCAACCCCACUCCCAGUCGUGUCAUAUUGCUUAAAUAUGCCAACAAGAAGUUUCUGUUGGGGAGUUUCUGUUUGUAUACUUGAAAUAUGGAUUAUAUCAAGUGCGUAAAAGACGUUUGGAUAUUUUGUGUAGCUACACAAAAUACUGUUGAUAGGCUCUUUCACAUGGUGCUACCAAUAUGACCAAUAUGAAGGAUCUUCAACAGGAAGCGCCUAACCUAGUGGGUGGGAAUUUUCAGAUGGGGGUGGGUAGUCAGCACUCUAUAUGGCUCUGGGGGUAGUAAUAUUCAAAUUUCCCCAACUGUGACGUAACAAUAAGGGAGAAAUCUGACUUAGCUCACAGAAGCGCAUGGUUUCUGACAUCAACGUUUCUCAACUAACCCACAAAAACUCAAUGCACGGUUUUGUUUCAAACUUGGAGUGUUGGAAGUACAAAAGCACAGAAAAAGUGAGUUUUGCAUAAUUUGGCUCCUUUAAAGAACAUUAUGCCCUAUAUGUGUAUUUUCAUUCACAUUGAAUUCUAGAAAAUUGCAUCUCACUAUUUCUUAAUAGAUUAAUCAAAUGGUUUUAUUUGAUGAUAAAUGCUUUUGCAUGUGACACUUUGACCAACUUAUGCACUUUGCAUAAACUUUGACAGACUGCAUCUCUUGAAUAUAGUUUUCAUUCUGUUUCAGCCUUCACUGUUUCAUAACACUUUCAAUUCAUCAUUGAUACUUUCAUUGAUAUAUCAUCUACUGUCAGCCAUUGAGCCAGUUGUUUGAGCGAUUUCUGUUCUGUAUAUAGUUGUUGUUUACUGUUCUCCAUUGGGCUGGGAUAUGUUCUGCAUGUCCAAUGAUGAUAAGAAUGUUGGUCAUAAUAUGUCUACCUGUCCAGAUAACCCCCUUUCCAGGUUCACUGUCUAAUUUAUACUGUAUUCACUGUCUAAUUUCACUGCUUCCUGUCAAUACGGUGA